GAAAGAAAUGGAAUAAAGUUGAGAUUAUUUCACCAACGGCGGCGAUACGAUAGGCGGUGGACAACGAACCGAGUUUCCCUUUUCGGCUAAAUUCGCGUCUCCUUCCACUAAAACUAGACGCGUGCGAAUUACGCGACGAGACGCGCUCUUCAUUUACAGCCAAGAUACAGUUAUGAGCACCACCAACUUUUAGUUGAAAGCCACGCCUAAUCCUACCUGGACUAAGCAGUAGGCUGAAGACCCUUUGCCGAUGAACCUCAAGUUGAUCAGCUCCACAACCCUUUUAGCGGAGAAAUAGUGUGAGAAGCUUCAACGUCAAACUCAUCAGCACAAAGAAUCUCAACUCAAUCUAUCGCUGUCCAUACCGAAGAUUGCUGCUAUCAUUGACAACGCCAACAUGUCCUCUCGUCGCAUCGUCUCGAAUGAGAAGACAGUACUUGACCAGGACUCCCACGAGAGAAAUGGCGCAACCGAUACGGGAAAAUCGAACAUUGCCCCUGCUGUGCCAGCAUCUGUCAUAAUAAAGCUACUCGGCUUCACCCUUGCAAUGAUGAUCGGACCGCUCGGCAUCUACUAUCUUUCAUUGAACUCAUUAUUCAAAGGAAACUCGACAUUUGCAGGAGCCACGGCAGCCAUUACUGCGAACAUUGUUCUGAUUGCAUACGUGGUAGUAGCAUUCAAGGAGGACCAAAGUGAACGAUUAGAAGCGAGUGAAGCUGAGAAGAAAAAGAAGUGAGAUACAUUAACAAAAGAAAAGCAUAUUUGUAUUACUUCAAUCCCAUAUAUUAUGUAUUUUGCAGCAAAAAAGAGAUUGGAACCUAAUGCUUUGCUCAAGUUCUCUCCACAUUACUAGACACCAAUGAAGCAGGCUGGCAAUUCCCCAUUACAAUAAGG